CUGCGAGAAGAAAAGAAGAAAAAAAAAGAAGAGCUCUUUCAUUAUAAUUAAGAUUUUCAUUAUAAUUAAGAUGAUGCAGAUCUUCGUGAAAACGUUGACGGGGAAGACGAUCACUGUUGAUCUGGAGAGCCACCUGGACUCCAUUGAUGACGUCAAGGCCAAGAUCCAUCUCAAAGAAAGAAUUCCGCCGGAGGAGCAGCGGCUGAUCUUUGCCGGAAAACAGCUUGAAGACGGAACAACCAUUGCUCACUACAACAUCCACAAUGAAUCAAGCCUGGAUCUGGCGCUGAGACUUAGAGGAGGGGGACUCGGGAAGAUCAACAUUGAACCCACUCUUAAGGCACUGGCUGAGAAAUUCAAGCAGCACAAGUUAAUCUGUCGCAAGUGUUAUGCUCGUCUGCCUCUGAAAUCCACAAACUGCAGGAAGAAGAAAUGUGGUCACAGCAAUGAGUUGAGGCCCAAGAAGAAGCUCGCCCAAACUCAAUUGACCUAGAUGCAUUCCAAGGAGUGUAUGAUGAUGAUGUCAGCGAUUGAGUCUCUUGUUAGGUUCAAUUCGGUCGUCUUUUAAUAUCUAUUUACAAUAAUUAGUGAGGGGGUGAUUUGUGUAAUAAUGUCUUUGACAGAGUAUGAGAUCCUUAAAUUAGCUUUGUUUGUUUGUUCUAAUUGCGUCGUACGGAGUCCUUUGUAAUGCAAAUUUCGAU